GUCCUUAUAGAAUUCCAUUCGUCAUAAUCUAUCGCUAAACAAAUCCUUCGUCAAGGUUCCACGACCUAUCAAUGAACCCGGUAAAGGAAGUUAUUGGACGGUAGAUUAUCGUGCAGCAGACAAUGACCUGUCAAGGGGUAAUCAGUUUGCUAGUACGCGCGGUCGCGGCAACCGGUCAGUCAGCGAUCCAGCGCCAUCACCUUUUCGACCUACACAACAAGACUGGCCUUACGAUCCAAGCAAGCAGCAAGCAUCCUCAAACGAUGCUAUGUCUAGAUCACCUAAUGAUCCCAACACCGCGGUGGCUGUCCAACAAGCAGCGGCUCAACAAGCUGCAGCAGAAGCGGCGGCUGCAGCAGCAGCUAAUGCAGGCUACAACUAUCCCUAUUAUCCCUAUGUACCUAGUUACCCUCAACCGCGACUAGCUGCAAGAUACACGCGUGCUUCAGGCAGCCACCUUCAACAAAUGUAUUCACCUUACUCAAUGCAAUACCAACAACCAUCAUCAUCAACCACAGCAGGGGGGUCAUCCGAAGGCCAUGACAACUCUAAUACAGGAGGAAACAGUUACAGCAUGUAUGUUGAUAAUUCAAGUACGACAGCAUCUUCAUCUGGUGGUGGUCCAUCCCUUGGCUACAUCUAUCCUCCAGGCAGCGCUUCUACGGGUAGCCCUCAUCAACAACCUCAUUCUAUAUACCACCAACCUGGAACUCCAUAUUACGACAGCAAGUCAUCGGUAUCCACUACACCUUCUUCAUCAUCUCACUUGUUACCUACACCAACCGGUUCCAAUCCAGCUUGGCAACAAGACACAUACCAUCAUCACCAUAAUGAUUCCACCACUUCACCGCAUCCAUCGGCAUGGGACCGCAGAAAACCCUCUCCUGCAAGUCCAACCGCAUCUCACUUUGCAUCGGUGUUUGGAAAGAUGUCGGUCAAGAGAUCCAGUGAAUCAUCUGGUUCGGGAUCUCCUAUGGACCGGUCGCCACGCCCUUCUGUACGCAAAAUGUCAGACGAUGAUAAUGACAGCAAACCGUCGGGAGGAAAUCAGUUUGAUUGGGUCUUGUAAAUAACACACACGCAUGCAAAACAACACAAUUCAACGCAACUAAAAAAGCACCCCCACUUUGAACCACCAUGGUAUGCAUGACCUAGUGUUUCUUCUUCAUUUUUCUUUCUUUUCUGCUCGUACAUAGUGCAUUUUUUUUUCUUUCUGUUUUUACAUGUCUCCUGCUGACCCUGGGAGUCGCCUCCG